CUGGACGGGGGCUGGCUCCCGAAAAGAAACGGAAUACUGGGCGUAACUCCGCUUGGCUAAGCGGACCGUACACACAAAUCUAACGCCCCUGCAUCACCGUAGCUCAGCACGCGCAUUUACGCUUGGUGCUCAGACCAAAUCCGAGCUCGCGCACGCAAUCCGUUUCCACUUCGGGUGGUGUCGAGAAAGGGCCCCGCUUCUCUUGACUCCGCAUAUUCCACUCUCUUCAAGCCUCAACUCGAGACGUCAAAUCUUGCCGUUCCGUCGGUGAAAACUCCCUGACAGCGCGCAGCGGCUUAAAGAGGAAGAAUGGCGGAUUCGAGCAGCACCGCAGCGGUCGGGGCCGCAGCCUCAGCCUCCAACAGCGCUACCGCUGCCGGGGCGGCUGGCACUGUUGCGCAUGAUGGAGCGCCGGGGGCUGCGGGACCGAAAGCCCCGUCCGAAUCUGUGAAGGGCCAGAUAUUUGACGUGGGCCCCCGCUACACCAACCUGUCUUACAUCGGGGAGGGGGCUUAUGGAAUGGUGUGUUCUGCCCUAGACCACAUGACAAACCAGCGAGUAGCCAUCAAGAAAAUCAGCCCUUUUGAGCACCAAACAUACUGCCAGCGUACAUUGAGAGAGAUCAAGAUCCUGCUGCGUUUCAACCAUGAGAAUAUCAUCGGUAUCAAUGACAUUCUAAGGGCUCGCCACAUCGACAAUAUGAGAGAUGUUUACAUCGUGCAGACACUGAUGGAGACAGACUUGUACAAGCUGCUCAAGACCCAGAAGCUGAGCAACGACCACGUUUGCUAUUUCCUCUACCAGAUCCUGCGAGGACUCAAGUACAUUCACUCAGCCAACGUGUUGCACCGGGACCUCAAGCCCUCCAAUCUGCUCAUCAACACCACUUGCGACCUCAAGAUUUGUGACUUUGGCCUGGCACGAAUUGCUGACCCUGAGCACGACCACACAGGAUUCUUGACCGAGUAUGUAGCCACACGUUGGUACAGGGCUCCAGAAAUCAUGCUUAACUCAAAGGGAUACUCCAAGUCUAUUGACAUCUGGUCUGUGGGCUGCAUCCUGGCUGAAAUGUUAUCAAACAAGCCAAUUUUCCCUGGGAAACAUUACCUGGAUCAGCUCAACCACAUUCUCGGUGUCCUUGGCUCUCCAUCCCAGGAAGAUCUGAACUGCAUUAUCAACACGAAAGCCCGAAACUAUCUGCAGUCUCUCCCCGAAAAACCCAAGAUCCCCUGGGAGAAGCUUUUCUGCAGGGGUGACUCAAAAGCUUUGGACCUGCUGGGCCGCAUGUUGACCUUUAACCCCAACAAGCGUAUCAGUGUUGAAGAGGCGCUGGCUCAUCCUUAUCUGGAGCAGUACUACGACCCCACAGAUGAGCCAGUGGCAGAAGAGCCCUUCACUUUCACCAUGGAGCUGGAUGACCUUCCCAAGGAGAAACUGAAGGAACUCAUAUUUGAAGAGACGUCCCGCUUCCAGGAAACCUACCAGGGCUCCUGAGACACACGGUCAAAAAGGGUGUAAAUGCCAACCACAGGCUUGGAACCUGAAGACCCCCAGAUGACAUGCUUAAAUACAAGAAAAUGCAUCCUCAAGAAUCCAAGGAAAAGAAAAACUAUGAACAUUAACUGCUUUUCUUUCCAUUUCCACUGCAAGAAAGCUAAGUGUUUAACUUUGAUUUGUGUCGUUAGGCGGGGCCGUCGUGUCUCUUUACUCAGUACUCCCCCCCCUCCUUUAAAAAACAUUCUUCGGUUUCCUGUUCAGUGUCCCAGCUCGUCCUACCCCUCUCCAUCAUAAUCAGCUCUCAUUAUCCGCUCAAUCUCUUUUUCGCAGUUUUUUUCCAACUCUCUUGCUUCUAUUCUCAUAAACUACUCUUCCUUAUUAACCAACACCAUUACUCUGUUGUCUUGCUACAUACGUGUACGUUAGAACUUGCAAUCGAGGGCUAAAAGAAUGGGGGUGCUUAUUGUGUGGGUUCAUGUACAUUAGAUACAAAAUAUAAAAAAAAAAGUUUUUCUUUUUAAGUGGGCUCAUCACAGCUUUCAUUCGUACAUAAUUGUUUGCUUUAAAAUCAGCUUACCGUAGUUGUAUUUAUGUGUUCUCUGGUUUAUCUGUGGAAGUCAUGUUGAACGUUUGACUUUCUACUGGCAUGUUUGCAGGUUUACAGUUUGUAUUUUUAUUUUGAAUGAUGUUCAUAUGAAUGCAUGCAUUCCUGAAAUUAACCAAAGUGGAUGAGAGAUGCAAGGAACUAGUGUGGGAAGUAACCUUGUUAUGAUUUUGAACCAUAUAAACAUUUCUUGAGCUAUAGCUCAGACAAAGGGCAAACGGAUUGAGCUCUCUCUCUCUCUCUCUCUCUCUCGCUCUCUCUCUCUCUCUCUCUCUCUCUUUAUUUAUUUGCAUAAAGUUAGUCACGCUAUGGUAUGAUAAUUAGAGGCCGUCAUGUUGCCAAGUCCCACAAAGUUCCAGUAUACCUUUUGGAUGCUUUCUGCAGAUAAUGUGCCCCUACCUGGUUAAUAAUCUGUAUUAAAGGUUGUAUGACCAGUAAAAGCACAAAUACCACCACUGUACAGACAUGAAACACCAUUGAGAUGCACACGCUGUUAUACUUCAUCACUCAUUUCCUUCCUCCGCUCAAUACUAUAUCACCAAGGAGCCACUAUGGCAUCCCGCUACUACAUUACAUCACUAUAUCAGUUGGUUGGCGUUUCUGUAUCAUUCCUCACCUGCAUUUCAAGGGACCAUACACAACUAAAAGUUAGGGAACUGAAUUAGAAUUUAAUUUCAGAUCAUUUAAAUUAAAAGUUAGGGAUAAUGAGCUUUCAGGGGAAAUUUCAUGAUGAACCUGAAAUGCACUAUAACAACAGAUUAACCUAAUUUUACCUCUAAACUUGUGUAUGCAUGUCCAACUGUUCAGUUACAGUGCUUUAUUGCAGAACUUCCUUUUUUUCUAACAGAGAGGAGAAUGGCAAAAUUCACGUUUAAUCCAUGAAUGGAACAAUACAUUUCCUGUUUCAGUUAUACAUUUAAAUUUAAACAGCCCUCUUCAUUGUGCUGUUCAUAUUUUGACAUCAUGAUGCCAAGAUGACACCAGCAGGUUACACCAGAUACAAAAAUACUUUUUUGUUUUGUUUGUUUAUUUUUAUUUUUUUUAUUUUUUCCCACUCCAGAGAAACUCAAAUUAAGUUAUUAUUAUUGUGGAUUUUAGGUUCAUCCUAAAAUUUCCUCAAAAUUCAAAGCCCAAUAUGCCUACAUUUUUGGGAUUAGUUUAUAUUCUGGAGCAUGAUGGGAUUGUCCUAUUCUACUGCGCUGUUUUGACGUUUACACUGAACUGUCAGAGAGGGCCAAAUGGAAACAAUAUAUCUACUAAUGGGCUCUAAUGACUGAGAAGUCAGGAAGUAUUUUCAGGUUUGAAUAAUUUUUGCCUCAAUAAAUGCGUGUAGGUGUGUAUGUGUGUGUCAAGUAGCUGUAGUUUUUUUUUUUUUCCUUUUUCUUUUACUAGAACGGCUCCCUCUUGUGACUACUGAGGAAACUCCAUGUGAUUUAAAUCCAUCCAUCCAUCAAUUUUCUUCAGCGCUUAUCCUCACUAGGGUCGCGGGCUGCUGGAGCCUAUCCCAGCUAUCAUCAAUCCCCAAAUUACCUCCAAUCUCUAGUGGUUGUGUGUGUCCCUCUCGUUUUCUUUUUGUGUUCCAAUCUUCUCUGCCUGUUUAUCCAGUUGCCAUAGUGACCAUGCCUCACUGUGCAAACAAGUGGCAUUGUUUCCCAUAGACUGCUUGUAUAUUUGCUAUUUCUGUGCGUUCUCUUUUCCUGUUUGUAUCACUGCUUAACUGCUGCUUGGUGGCGCGCCACCCAUGGGUCCAGCUCAGUAACUGCACUGACAAUGUAAAGAAAAUGGACCAACAUGUGCUCAGGUCCUGGCCCUGGACCGCCUGCUAGCUUCAGCCUCCCGCUUUAAAAAUGUUGCCCAAAGCGUCGCUGUUCUCUCAGAAGCCAUAGCCAGCACUAACUAUGACUGUCCACAAUGGGUGUGAGGCUUUUUUCUGCACGUGGUGAAAUCCAUUGAUUUAUUCGCCUUCCCAACACUUGCCACGCUUUACUCAAAGGGCUGCCUCCGCCCGUCCCUCCUUGUGUGCACUUCUAUCCAGCCACGACUGCACGUUUGCCAUUCGCUGCCACUUUUUCGACUAAUCACAUGACCCAAUCAGCACAUCUGCACUUUGUUUUUCAUUUCGGUCCUCAGUCUUUCUCUCCAUGUGUCCAUCCUGGUCGCUCAGCUUUAAGUGUGUGUGUGUGUGUGUGUGUGUGUGUGUGUGUGUGUGUGUGUGUGUGUGAGAGAGAGAGAUAGUGUCUGAUUUCUGACAAGUUGGAUUUCUUCACUAUCAUUUAUCCAAUAUUUUUGUUUUUCAAACUUUGCGUGUUGGCUUGGACGCCGUCCCGCUUUGUGCUUUUUCAUAUGCGAGUAUUUUUUUUCAUCCAGUGCAAAGUGGGUCUUACAAAAAUAAUGUUUUUUUCAUUUGAAUAUCCAUCAGCCAUGAGUACACAAACCCUGCUUGCUUUUCCUGUGACGUGACAUCAGAUGAGGUUGCCAUGUUUCCCAACCAAGAGGACUGUGUUUUACAAUCACAUACACAUAAACACACUUUGUCUGAGAAGUGUAUCUGUGUGUGCCUGUGACAUGUUGCACUUGAACAUGCCAUACACAUUCACGCAGCGUGUAUUUAUAAUUCUAGUGGCCCGUCUGUCAUGCGGCCUGGUUCCAGACAUGGUUGUUUUUAAAUGGUGGUUCUUAUUAUUACCGUUGUUGUUAUACUGGUGAGUUGUAUUUUUUUCCAUUUAAUUUGAUUUUUUUUUUUUAAUUACUUAAAAGGGACUUAAAGUUGUAUCAGUUUAUAUAUAUAUAUAUAUAUAUAUAUAUAUAUUAGGAUGUUUUUUUUUUCAUAAUUUCUCUUAUGGAUGUGAUUAAUAAUGACAGUCUAUUCAAUCUGAAGGUUUUUUUUCUUGGAUAUUCCCUCCAAGUUCUUUAUGAGGAAUUAUUUUUAAAGGAGUUAUUUUUUGAUCGUCAAAGAGAUAUGAGUUAAGGGUUCUAGUCUGUAUAUUGUAUGGAUAUUAAUAAAAUUAACAAAGGAUCAAAAUUAUAUUACAAAUAAUUGAAUAAAAAUUUCCUG